GCACAUUCAAUCACAAUGAAAGUGUUCGUCGUAUUGGCUCUGGCUCUGGCCGCCGUCUCCGCGGAGACCAUUGAACAGGUGCAUCCCAAGGACUUGUCCGGCAACACCAAAAUCAAUGGCCGCAUCGUAAACGGCUACCCGGCAUACGAGGGCAAGGCCCCCUAUACCGUCGGCCUUGGCUUCAGCGGAAACGGAGGCUGGUGGUGCGGCGGAUCCAUCAUCGCCCACGAUUGGGUGCUCACUGCCGCUCACUGCACCAACAAUGCCGCCCAGGUGACCAUCUACUACGGUGCCUCCUGGCGCACCAACGCCCAGUUCACCCACACUGUGGGCAGCGGUAACUUCAUCCAGAACGGCAACUGGCCCAACCAGAACGGCAACGACAUCGCCCUGAUCCGCACCCCGCACGUCGACUUCUGGAACCUGGUCAACAAGGUGGAGCUGCCCAGCUACAACGACCGCUACAACAUGUAUGACGGUUGGUGGGCCGUGGCCUGCGGUUGGGGACUGACCACCUCCGGCUCCCAGCCCGACUGGAUGGAGUGCGUCGACCUGCAGAUCAUCAGCAACUCUGAGUGCUCCCGCACCUACGGAAACCAGCCCGAUGGCAUCCUUUGCGUGUCCACCUCCGGCGGCAAGUCUACCUGCUCGGGUGACUCUGGUGGCCCCCUGGUUCUCCACGACGGCGGUCGCCUGGUGGGAGUCACCUCCUGGGUUUCCGGCAGCGGCUGCACCGCCGGCCUGCCCUCCGGCUUCACUCGCGUCACCAACCAGCUUGACUGGAUCCGUGACCACUCCGGCGUGGCUUACUACUAAGCUCGAUGUCCGGCCUUUAUUUAAAUAAAUGGAAUUCUUCAAAAAAUUAA